AUGUCCUCCCGUAUUCAUAAGGAUAAUCUCAUUGCUGGCGUCAAAAAACAUCAUGGCAUCACUACUGAAGAUCUUGGGCACGGAGGUGAACUCAAGAAAAUAUUUGUUAACAUGCAUUUAACUCUUGAUAACAAGAGGUUGUAUAAAAAGUGUCGAGAAAUAGCUACCGAGCUAGGCUUCGUCGAAACGAUACGUCACCACACAUUAUUGUCAAUUCAGAAUUGGACUUAA